AAAAAAUGAAACCGCGUAGCCUCGUCUCACAAUCUCCGACGAGCCUGAAGCUAACCACCGGCUGCGAAGCCCUCGACGCAUGUCUCCGCGGAGGAUUCCCCUGCAAUUCCCUAACAGAAAUCGUCGCGGAGAGCGGCUGCGGAAAAACACAGCUCUGCCUUCAGCUCUCACUCCGCGCCCAGCUCCCAAUCUCAAACGGCGGACUCAACGGCUCCUCUCUCUAUCUCCACUCCGAGCUCCCCUUCCCGUUUCGCCGUCUCCACCAGCUCUCUAAAUCGUUUCAUUUAUCAAACCCUAACAUCUACGCGGAUCACAACGAUAAUCCGUGCGAUCACGUGUUCGUGCAAAACGUACAUUCUGUAGACCACUUGCUCGACGUAAUGCCUAAGAUAGAUUCUUUCGUUAAAAGCUCUAGAACUAGGCUUCCUUUGAAGCUGAUUGUUCUUGAUUCCGUCGCGGCGUUGUUCAGGUCGGAGUUUGAGAACACUCCGGGUGAUCUAAGGAAGAGAUCUUCUUUGUUUUUCAAGGUGUCGGGGAAGUUGAAGCGGUUAGCGGAUAGGUUUGGUUUGGUUGUUGUGAUUACGAAUCAGGUGACGGAUUUUGUUGAGUCUUCUGAUGGGUUGAGUGGGUUGAGGAUUGGGAAUUUGAGGGGUUUGUAUUCGUCUGGGAGACGAGUUGUUCCGGCUUUGGGGUUGGCUUGGGCUAAUUGUGUGAACUCUAGGGUUUUUAUUUCGAGGAGUGGUGAUGGUAUCUGUGAAGAGAGAAGGGAGGAUGAUGAGAGUGGUUCGAGUUCUGUGGGUAGAAGAGAUAGGAGACGGUUUGAUAUUGUUUUUUCACCUUAUUUGCCUGCUUCUUCUUGUGAGUUUGUGAUCACAAGGGAGGGGAUUUGUGGAGUUGGGUGAUCCAUUGUUCUAUUCAGGGUAAGUUUUUAGUUGGAGCAUCAUGAGUUUUUGGACUUUUGAGUGAUGUUUAUGUAGAUUUUUCUAAGGGAGAUGGGUUGCAGCAAGUCAGGUUCUUUCAUAUUUAUCCUCUUGUGUAAAUUUUAUAUUUAAAAGUCUCAAUUUUGGGUUGUCUUUAUUUAUAAUGAUUCUAUAAACAGUUCCUCAUGCUAUUGCUUUCUGUAAGAAUCCUGUACAUUUGAUGAUAUUGAUAAUCAUUUGCUUUGGA